UCUAAAAAAGUGGAGUGGAAGAAUAAUAUUUUUUUGGUAUGUAAGAUGAAGGAUUCUACUGAAUUGAUACCUUCUCUUAUCUCCUUCUCCUUAUUGAUCAGUUAGGACUUGUUAUAGGUGAUUUCAGCCAUGUCAUUUAUCCCCGAUUCCUUUUUUGUUUUCAUUUUUUUUUUUGUUUAUUUUCUUGUUUUGUUGAAUAAAUUAGUCUCUCUUUAUAAGAGUUUCUUGAGACCCUACUGGCUAGUACGACAUAUUUUAAUCAUUGUUUUGGAAAUCUCCUUACUUCCCUAUAGGUUUUGUGAGUAUUGUUUGUUUGUCUUUAGGUAUGAAAAAUUAUUCUCAUUAGUUGAAGUUCAAAACUAUCAUCACAAAUGUAUUAGAAAUUCGGAUGCGGUCAACAUGACUCGAUCAAGAACAAUCUUCCUAAACUACAUCAAAAUGAUAGAAUUACUCAUCAAUAACUGCUUGGUUCGACAAAUACAAGGAGAAUGCACUAUAUUGUUUAAUCAGAUUGAUUGUAGUUUUUUCAAAAACGAAUUUAAUUUAAUCUUAUUUAAUUUUAACUUUUUUUUUUUAAUAUUUAAUUUACGUUCACCGCGGGCCGUCUACAUUCGGUAAAUAUCAAGCAAUUAAAUCUUGGGCCGUCUACAUUGACCUUCAAUUAAUGAAAUUUUUUUUUUUUUUUUAAAACAUCAUAGGUCCAUGGGCCGUCUACAUUCGGUAAAUAUCAAGCAAUUAAAUCUUGGGCCUGAUCUCAUAAAUUGAGUUACCAUUAAAUCUACCGAUAAUCUUAGCUAGUAUAGUAGUAUUCAUUCUUUUCAACUGUUAUUAUUAGUUCUGAUUUCUUCCCGCAAAAUUUCGAUCACCGGAAAUUAACAAUGACGUUCACCGCUGAAUUCCACCGAUUGAAUUUUCUCUCUCCUCUACUCGAAUUCACCCCCAAAGACAAGUCAAGAUAUGUUAUGCAAUUCAUCUACCCGAGUCAAAGAACUCGGUGGCUCGGUACCAGCGCCGAGUCGACUCACCCCGAGUUCUCCGCUUCCGAGAAUGCGUACGAGGUUCUCGGAGUUCCUGAGAAUAGUUCGUUUGAUGAAAUUAAGGCGUCAUUUAGGAAGUUGGCUAAAGAAACGCACCCUGACCUCGUUUCUUCCUCGGACACUGAUGCUGCCGAUUCGAAACGUUUCGUCCAAAUUCUCGCUGCUUAUGAGAUUCUGUCAGAGCCCACUAAGAGAGCCCUUUAUGAUCAGUAUCUGCUGAGUACAAGGCACAUUGCACAGAAACAUUCAAGGGAUGAUUCAAGUUAUCAUAUGUAUGCUACAUACACAACCACAACAAAGCAAAUGGAGGUCGUUGAAUGGUUGAGGUGGUAUAGAUAUGCCGUGAAAGAUAUAUUAUCAGAGCGAAGUUUGCCUGCGGGGGCUGGUUAUUUUGAUGUGCUUCAAAGAGAAUUUUAUUCAGCCGUACAUUCGGCAUAUUUUGGUCCUGAAAUACAAUCUGUGGACCUUCUUCCUGAUAGAUUUGAAGCUGAGGAGAGGUCUGUAUGUGAAACACCAGAGGUGCUGCACUUGGUUUCAGGGCGUGAUCUUUUCGGGAUUGUCCGCAUUGCUGAUGAUGUUCUUGAAUUAUCUGAUGUUUCUUAUAAAUAUUUGACCACUUCUGAAGUGUAUCUAAAUUUCUCUAAACCUGGUAAUAAUUCAGGCUGUCGAACAGAUUUUGCCAACAAAGCAGCUGCUGAUUUGUCUCAACAAAAUAUGAAUGGUAUGAGAUACCAUGUUUUAGAUGCAUACAAGGACUUGGAGUUGCAUGUAUGUGGGAGGCUAGUAGCUCUUGCAACUAGAGUUCCUCCAAACGACUCUUCUGUUGAGAAAGAUUCUUCUGGCCAGAUUGACGAGGAAACUUGCCAAGAUAAAAUACAUGUUUUUCUUAGCUCACAUGAAGAACCAAUGCAUGUCAACCGUCAGUCCAAGAAAAGAAUCUCACAUGGUUCAGUUUCAGAGGUCCUCUUGGGUACAAUAACUGGGCUAGGGACUAACCCUGAUGAGAGCUCUUGCUAUGUAUACGAUAGCAGUGGCUCAAAAACUCAUGUGAUUCUCAAGCACAGGACACCACUGGUGAAACACAUGCACUGGUUUCAGCUGGCAGAUGAAGUAUCUACGUGUGAAUGUAGAUGCACCAGGGCUCGGUUGCCACCUAGCAAGUUUUGGCUGUUUGAGCCACGCUGUAGCAUGCAUGAUAUUGGUGGUUGGUAUGUGGAAACUUAUGGACGGGAUAGGAAAAACCAAACUGUUCCAUCACAAAGGUGUUGGGAUGGCUGCAACGCUUAUCAAGAUUUUGAAAAGAGACUCCACCCUGCUGUUUAUUUGCUUGCUCUUGCAUAUAGGACUCUUGAUAUAGAAAAUGCGAGGAGAACAAAGCAAACUUUCUGGGAUAAUGCUGGUGGAAAACUAUUCAACAUGCUUCACUGGUGCAAGAGAUUUGUUUAGGGGUGAUAAGAAUUUAAGCUUCUUGGUUGCAGUCUCUUUCCACUACUUCAAAUAUGUUCUUGAAAGCUUGGCGGUCUUAAGAAUUGUUUGGCAGGAGGUUUUCAGCAGCUCUUGAGGGGCUUGCUCGUAGUGUUUUUAGCUCUAAAAUCUUAUCUGAAGAUCUACAAUCUUAUGACUGCUCCAGCAUCCUAAAUUGAAAUGUGAUGCUUAUAUUUAGUUUAGCUCUUCAGCUCCGCAGCUGGUUUCUGCUAGGGAGUGUUAGGUCCUUGUAUUCAAUAUUGGUGUCUGGUGAAGCUUCCUGUUUAGAGCGAGCCUAUUUCCCCGAUCUCUGGAUUUGGAUAUGCCACAGUUUCAAGAAAGACCAUGGCUGCACAGCAGUAGCUAUUGGGAGGCAAGGACACAGUCAACAGGUCCCCAGGCUAUCAGGCCUGGCAUUUACUCUUCUCACUUCCAUAUUUCUCAAAGUGAGCUCUCAAAAAUAUGAAGUGUUCGGUUUUGAUCCUCUGGGACCCCUGGGUGAGUGAAGGCAGAUGGUCAUUGGUGAUUUUCCAGCGUCACUUGCUUCUUCUUUUUCUUAGUUGGUCCUCUUUCCUUUCCUUUAGGGUGGGGGAGGGGUAUUUGAAGUGGGAUCAGAUAAAUUCCUAAAGUUGAAAAUAUUAAUGUCCAGUAAUGCUUCGAGACAUAUUCUUCUGUUCUUCCUUAUGUAUAUUAGAUACACAAAUCCUGCACACCAUGGUGUGCUUUGAUAAAGAUUCUUCAUUUCUUACACCCGUAUAAUUUGCGAUGCUUGAUUUAGUGUUCCAAUCCGAUACAGAAAUUGACUAUUAAUUAUCCAAAAAAAAAAAUGUGUAGUCUACAUUCUAUCUUAGUAGAUCCUCCCAUUUACAAUAUUGCCCACCUGCUAAUGCUCGGUAAUAC